AUGGAAGAAGAAGAUGCAGAUGCAGUGCCUUUGCUCAGCGUCCGCAGCGAAGGACAAUUCGCAUUGGAUGAGGAUACGCAGCCCAUGAGAGGAGAUGAGGAUGCGUACGAUUCGGACGAAGCGGAGGAGCAGGAGCAGGGCAACAAGUAUCCGCCUCGCUCUGCACCUCCUACGUACGAACAGGCACUGGGAAUGCUGGGAGAAAGCUCAGCAUUCGCAAGUGUAGGUGCUGGCGGAGGAGGAGGAGGAAUGGACAACACUGAUAACAAUGGACGAUGGAGGAAUUCCACCUCUCAAAGGUUCAGAAAUUGCAUAUCCGAUCUCGACCUGCGUCCUCCCACCUACCUUUUGCAGCCUGUACUGCAAGGAAGCAGAGCUGCAGCGCUCAAGCUGUACUCUUUCAUAUGCAGACUCUGGCCCAGCAGCAGGCUGGGACAAGCAGGAUUAGCGCUUGCUGGAAUGUGGAUACUCGUAGUCUUUUCUGGACCGGUGUUUGAGGUCAGGGAUUGGGAUCAGUCCAGAGGUGAUAGGGAUCGACAUCGAGCAGAGUGGUGGAAAGGCGUUGGAGAUGUGAGAGUGGCAGAUGUGAGUCAUGACUUUGUUUGUCACUUUUUUCUCCCUGGGUGUUGCUAGCAAGAGUGCCUCACAGCGAGCACAUUGAGCAUGCUGAGCCUCCUUUUCGUUUAACUAUUUGCACACCCUUUUUCCUUUUUGCAACCAGGAUCUCAAACAAGCGCCAACAGCUCCAGGUCCCAUCUCGGGCGACGGUCAUAUAGUCUUGCCAGCGGAAUGGUCCGAGCCUCAUUGCGCACUAUUCACCUAUCGUGGAUAUCCGCCCUACUGUCGAACCAGCGCAUCUUUCAACCUGAGCAUACCCGAUUCCUUUGCAGGCACAGCAUCCAACUUUGUCUAUGCCGAUCCACUGCGAUUGUCGGGCAUGAGCGAUGGGAGAGGCAGGGUGCCGGGAAGGAUCUUGGUUAGGAGAGCGAGGGACGCAAGGGAGGAGAUCAGGCAUGAGGAUGGUACACCUUUGAUUGGGGUUCGUGUGGAAGCUAGGUAUGAGAGAGGAAGUCCAGGUUUGCUCAGAGGCGUGUCUGUGGGUAAAAUGUUGGCGGGCGUUUGGGGUCAAGGAGUAGGCAUCUAUGUGAGUUGUGCAAUGCGACUUUAUGCGCAUACGAGGGCUGAGGCGUGGGCAAGAUUUGUCUCCUUUAACCUUAUGCCUACUCUUCUUCACUUUUCUCUUUUGCUUUCUUCAAACUUGCACGUCGCAGUCACUCCCCUUGACACAUCAAUUGCGCAACAAAUUCCCGCCGCCCCUCUCGUUUGAGAUUCGCGUAACCCUUCCGAGUGGUCCGAGCGCCUUGCCGGCCCUCAAGCUGGAAGCUGCAGCGAUGGAUAUCGAUUUCAUGCACCUGGACGAGCUGGAGUACGAUGCCAAUUCCCGCGCAGAGUCUGCAUCUACGGGAAGCGAGUCGGAUAAACCAGCGCAAGAAGAGUGGUUCAAGGCGGUGGAUACAGAAGGAAUUUAUUACGGCAGAUUGCAGCUCUCUUCGGGAGAUGGGAGUGUGCGCAUCGGGAGCGGCGGAGCGCUCGCAAUCUCUCAUGUACAUGCACGAGCUACGUCGGGCAACAUUGCAGUCGAGGGACCUCUCAUCGCACCGGCUGUAGAGCUGCACUCGGACAACGGCAUCGUUCGACUGGGCAGGAAAGCCGGUUGGAGUGCUUCUUCGUCGACGCGCCCUAGAAGGAGGAGAAGAGGAGAAAAGGCAAAGGAAGAAUCUGCCUCUAUAAAGGUUUGGAAAUCGGCAGUGUUGGACACUUGGAAUGGAGCGGUAGUGCUGGAAAAGGGAUCGGCGGUGCAGGGACCGCAACUUAGAGGUACUUCGCGCAAUGGACGCAUAGAGGGAGAAGGUGUUUGGGCCACUGUGAGUUCGGCGAGGGCAAGGGGCGGGAAAGAAGGGCAUUUCUUUAAGAUAGCCACCUUUUCUUCUGGGGGGGACUCAUCAUUCUGCUUCUUACUUUUGUCUUAAUCGUUGGCAGAAUGGUACGCUGUUACUUCGCUCGACGACUGGCAACAUCGAUAGUCGAGUAUCGGUACUGGAUCCUUUAGCGCCCCGCACCUCCUCCUCCUCCUCCUCAUCAGCCAUCGGAUCAAGAUCAAUCGACGUACGAGCCGACUCUUUAUCCGGCAGCGUGCAUCUCAAGUACAUUUUCCACGCACCCAGCAUCAUCCUGCACAGCAUCGUCUCGUGCAAAUCCAACAAUGUCUCUACCACGCUCCAUCGAAACUUUUUUGGCGAUUGGAACGUGAGGGCAAAGAGGUUUGGAGUGAGGGUAAAGAGACCGCCGAACGAUGGCGUUAGGGGAGAUUGGAUCAGCCAGGGAAGAAAAGUUGGACAGAUGGAAGAGAGCGAAAAGGGAAGUUUGAAUAGAGCUCCUUUGUUGGGACAAGGCAAGGAACAGCAGCAGCAGCAGCAGCAGCAGCAGCAGCUAUCAGGAGGCGAAGUUGGAUCCGCUGAAGUUAGCAGUGCGCUCGGAGAGGCUUCCAUCGAAUUUGCAUAG